ACAAAACUAAAAUUCGAAAUCAAUUCCAAAUUCGGUUAGACACUUAUAAAAAAAAGCAAAAUAAAUAAAUAAAUUUCUCUUCAAAAAAUUCGAAAAAAAACUUUCAAAAUUUCGCAGUUUAGUGCUUGUGGUAUAAAUAAACCAACAUCAAUUAUGGCGAACGCCGUAGAAAAUGUGGUUUACUGUCUGAGAACAAUCAUCGUUCGAAUAACGCUGGGGCCGAUUUCAUUCGUUUUCCUUGAACUUUCAAAAUUUGUCUUAGUAUUGGUGUUAGCCUUCUGGAUAGCGAUUGGCAUUUUUAUGAUGUGGGAAAGCCUUAUGCCUGAAGCGGCCGGUCGUCUCUCGGCGGCAGCCGCUGCAGUUGUCGCCAAUUCGAGUGGUCUUAUGCCGAGUACUGAAGGUAAGGAUAAUGCUAAUGAAUCGGGCACUUAUCCAUUUGUUGUAGAUUUGCCAAAGACUGAAUCGUCCACUUUAGAAACAAUAAUUAAAGAUGAGACAUUGCUAACGGCGGCGGAGGGGAAAAGUUCUAGUUUAAUUAAAGAUGAACCUCCAAGAGGAUCAGCUAAAGAGGAAGCUAACAAGUCUGAAGAAAAAAGUCCCAGUAUACUUAAGAAUGAAGCAGAAACAGCUAAAGAGGCUGAAGUGGCGUCUACAGCAGGUACUGCUUCCAAGCAACCUUCAGCAGCAAGUGAAGUUGGCGACACCGAAAAACCGGCUGCAUGAAAAAUUUUUGAAUUUUCAUCAAUAUUAUAUAUAAAGACGGAAACAGAAAACGUACAAAAAUAAUCUAAUUUGUUUGGUUGAUUUGAAUUUUGGGUAACAUCUUGAAAAAGUUUCAUAAUAAAAGUCCAGGAAUAUUUGUAUAAACAUA